GGCCGCGAGGACAAGGAGACGAGUGUUUAGAGGGUGAGUGAAUGCCAGAAAGUGGGCUGGGGUUAAGACGGAGUAGUCGGUGAGAUGGUGGAUGGUGGAUGGUGCGAUUUCUUUUGUUAUGAUACCACUUUCCUUUGCUUAUUUUUCUUGUGUGUGUCUGCAUAUGGUUUAUUGCAUCACGGUAUUCUUUCGCCGCUAUGGAUUACUCAUGGGCGGCGCUCCGACUGGACAGAAGGCGAUGAGAUGGACCAGCGAUACGUCCGUCAUACUGCUUGCGAUUGACGAGGACAUGUUUACGAGUGUAUAUCAUGCGUACAAAUGGCACAGCAAUGUAUACGUAUUAUCUUAUCAAUUGCCCACGACUGCUACCAGUUGACGGGAUAAGUGUUUCCCUGAUUCUAGACACAGUGCCGGCUGAUGGGCAACCAACAACUCCCUGAACAUGCAUGUAACAGUGUUUCCUUCAGUACAUUCGUAGCUGAGAUCCAUG